AUGUCAAAGUUGCCAGGCAAACAUCAACAAGAACUCAAAGAGAAAAUAAAGCAGGAGGGCUCUGAUAGUACACUUGAGGAACAUGUAAUUCAAGUCAAUGACAAUCAGAAGUCUACAGUUCAGAAAGCCAAAAAUGACCUUGUUGUAGCUCUAGAAGCCAACUUCCAGAAAAGGUUCCCUAAGGAGAGCAUGAGUGUUAUUGCUGCAUUUGAAAUACUAUCACUAAGAUUCUUAUCAUUUAUCCCAAGUGCAGAAAUUGACAAUUAUGGCAAUGAAAAGCUAGAGGUACUCAUAGAACAUUAUGGUAAAGAUCAAGAAACACAGAAUGGAGUUUUUGCAGCUGUGAUUGAUGGUCCAGCGUGUAGAAGGGAGUGGAACAUUGCAAAACGUCUUGUACUUCAGCAGAAGUACCCUCAUGAUAAAAUGUCCUUAUUGUGGAAAAUUAUGUACCAGAAUCACAAGGAUGUCAUUCCAAAUCUGAUUGUUUUGGCUGAAUUGGCUUUGAUUUUACCAAUUCAUACCGCUGACUGUGAGCGGGGCUUUAGCAAUCAAAACCUAAUGAAAAGCAAGUCAAGAAACAGAAUCGGAGACGCAGCCCUGAAUCACCUAAUCCUGCUGUCAAUUGAAGGGAAGCCUCUUGAGGGAUUUGACUUUAUUGAGUCCCUCUCUGCAUGGAAAGCACAGAAGGACAGAAGAAUAUUCCACAAGGAUUAG